AUGAGUAAAGAAUGUACAUCGACGGAGUUCCCCAAGGAUAGGUUGAACAUCGAGGGUUUUCACGACUCAGAUACCACGAGUCAAGGCACGAUUCGUCCAAAGCGAGCCCACGUACUGAAAAAGGAUAUUCGAAACUUUGACGCACAAUUCUUUGGUAUCCCUCCAGUGGAAACUGCUUGCUUAGACCCCCAGCAGCGUGGAUUGUUGGAAACGACAUACCAUGCAAUCGAAAACGCCUGUUCAAGCGGACUCGUAGCUUUGGAUUUGGCUUGUCAAGAGAUCUGGUCGGGGAGAUCGUCAAUCGCAAUUUGUGCGGGAUCAAGUAUCAUAUUUUCGCCUGAGAAUCUUAUUACUCUAUCCAAUAUGAGUUUCUUGUCUCCUGAUGGGAAAUGCUUCAGCUUUGAUCAUAGAGGCAAUGGGUAUGCGAAAGGCGAGGGAUUUGCUAGCUUGAUUUUAAAGCCGAUAUCUAAAGCUCUUGACAACGGUGAUACAAUACGUUCGUUAAUCCGUUCGAUUGGGUCUAACCAAGACGGCCAUACUGCAGGAGGAAUCAUCCAGCCCAGCAGGGACGCCCAGAAACAUAUGAUUGCGGAGACGUAUCACCUCGCCGGGCUCGAUCUUAGCCAAACUAGGCUCUUUGAAGCUCACGGGACCGGUACAGCUGUUGGUGAUCCAGUAGAAGCUGCCAGAGUUAGCGAGACUUUUCGAAGAUUUCGAAGUCAUGCAGAGCCACUUUUCGUAGGCGCUGUCAAAUCCAACUUCGGCCAUCUUGAAGGAGUAUCUGGGCUGUUUGGGGUGAUAAACAGAAUGCUUUCUAUCGAAAGAGGAGUAAUUCCACCCAACACAAACUUUGAGAAGCUCAACUCUAAUAUAGACGACUCUUUCUUCCAUCUCAAGUUCCCUAAUGAGCCGGCUCCAUGGCUAGACGCAGCUUCUGGUAUCCGCAGAGCAUCGGUCAUCGUUUGGGUAUGGCGGGACGAACGCGCAUAUACCCCUCGACUGUUCGUAUUUUCAGCGUUCGAUGAAGUGGGAAUUCAGCGACAAUUAUCUGUGCAUCAAGAAGCUCUCGCACAGUGUGGAGACUAUGUUCUUGAUGACUACGCAUAUGCUCUGGCCUGCCGCCGAGAUGUCCACACAUGGAAGGCAUUCUGUCUCGUGACACCCUCGCCCGAUAUUCAAGAAAAGCCUCCGUUAAUAUUAUCUACAAAACCUUGUCGGAGUUCCCAGAUGGAUCCGACAUUAUGCUUCAUCUUUACCGGGCAAGGCGCACAAUGGCACGGCAUGGGGCGACAGCUGCUUGGCUGCUCACCCUUCCGGAACAGUUUCAUUAGAUCGCAGCAUGAAUUAGAACGGCUCGGAUGGACUACCUCUCUCAUCAACAUUCUCGAUGAUGCAAACUUUGCUCAGCUGUUGGAUCGUGCUCAGUACAGCCAAAUAACUACAACGUGCGUUCAAAUUGCUCUUAUCGAUGUCUUCCGAUGGUUACGGCUCUCCCCAUCUAUUGUUCUGGGCCACUCUUCAGGGGAGAUUGCAGCCGCAUAUUGUGCUGGAUAUCUGGACCACAGUUCGGCUAUGAGGGUUUCAUAUUAUAGAGGACUCCUAAGUUCAUCACUUGAAGAUGACGCACGCAGCAGUCACUCAAUGGCAGCAGUUGGCUUGUCCGUCGAGGAUACCCAAGCUGAAAUUGCUAAAUUUGAGAAGACUCAACAAAGCGGACCGACACAGUGCUUCACUAUCAGCUGCAUUAAUAGCCCAAAUAGCGUUACAGUUGCUGGCCCGCUAGAUGCACUCAAAGAUUUCACCAAAUACCUUGUGGCUAAUGGCACGUUCGCUCGGCUACUCAAGGUCAAAGUUGGCUAUCACUCCCCACAGAUGUGCUGCAUUGCAUCGGAAUAUGCAGAGCUGAUGGGCGUUCUACGUCCGGAUCCAUCGUCAACCAAGGUCACAAUGGUCUCUUCCGUCACAGGUUCAAUCAUCGAUCAACAUGUCGUUUGCCAUGCCGCCUACUGGGUGCGGAAUAUGAUUUCAAGGGUAAACUUUCUGGCAGCCAUACAGAUAUGUUACCAGAAGAAAAGAACUAAAGAUAUGAAGAACUUAAACGGAAGUCAUGCAGAAAAUAUUCGCGCCAAUGUCUGGCUUGAGAUCGGGCCUCACUCCGCCUUGCAAGGUCCCCUGAAGCAGAGCUUACAUGGGAUGGAGCCUCAAGCUCCGGUGAACUAUACUUCAGCAAUGGUUCGGAACGUAUCUGCUCUCAGUAGCCUUCUCACUGCUAUUGGGAGCCUGUGGCAGCAAAAUGUGAACAUCGACAUGCAGAGAGGCGUCAGUCUAUCCACUUGUGAUAGCUAUAUUCCCGUGGUCCCACCCUCUCUCCCUGCUUAUGUCUUUAAUCAUUCGGUGAUGUAUUGGGAGGAACCACGAAGUAAUAUUGACUUUCGUUUGCGGGAGCAUCAUCAUCAUGACUUAGUUGGUGCUCGCUUUGGUGACCUACGGAGCAAGGCGGAAGCACAGUGGAGGCUCAGAAUCACAGUAAAGAGCAUGCCUUGGGUACAAGAUCAUAAGGUCCAAGGGUCGUUAGUAUACCCCGCUGCAGGAUCAAUUGCCAUGGCUAUCGAAGGUAUGAAACAGCUUUUGGCGAGUUCAAAGUUGCUAGCAUUGGAGUUCAAGGAUAUCGAGUUCCCAGCACCGAUUCGUUUAUCUCCCAACCACAGUACGCAAGUCCGCUUGCAUUUAUCUGCCAGGAGACCAAACCAACCUACAGACUUCCAGUAUAACUUCCGCAUUUUUCCAUCCACAUCCGAAGCCGACCAUGAGCUUUACGAAAGCAUGUCGAAGAUUGGACUCGAUUACGGCCCUGCAUUUCAAACCUUGGCUGAAAUUAGCUCGGGAAGUCAGGAACACGCAAUUGCAACUUGUCUACCACUCCCAGCCGAGGUUUUGCGCAGCAGGCCGUCCGAAUUCACAGUCCAUCCAAGCAGAUUGGACGGUUUGUUUCAGCUAAGCUUUGCUGCCACAGCUGGCGUCAACGAUAUUCGCGGUAUGGUUCCGACCCGCAUUAAACAAUUAAAUAUUCCAGUCGCUGGAUUUGGCCACAAUGAGGAUACCAAAGAGAUAGCACAUUGCCAAGUAACAGAUACUACAGACAGGACCGCAAUAUUUUCAACUACGGUCUUUGAUGAGGCCACCUUGGGUCUGAAAGCAAAGGUUGAAGGCUUGGAACUGACGGCUUUGUCUGGUCCAUCGAAAGAGCGGAAAUGUUUGGGGGAUGCACCAAGUGUUUGUCAUCAAGUCGAGUGGAAGCCGGAUCUUGCAUUGAUGUCUGAUGAUGAGGUCUACGCGCACUGCCAACUACUAGAUUCUGGACUGGACGAUCUCGAAUGGGUGCGAGUCUUGCAUUCACUUACACAAUCAUACGUCAAUGUUGCGCUAGAUACUAUGUGUAUCCGGCAGGAGACUUGCGGAUCAACUGCACUCUCAGCACGUAUGACUGAUUAUGCACAGUGGUUGUCCACCAAAGUAGACAACUGCGCCAGAAUCGAUUCAAGCAAACUGGACGACAUGAUUGCAGCUCUACCAUUCAACCCUGUAAUAAAUACGUUCGUCGUGAUUGGACAGAACCUUCCAGCCAUUUUAUCAGGGGACAUGCACGUUGAUGAAUUCUUACCAAAAGAAUGGGAUAUCAUUAAGCUAGUUCGAGUACUGGACACAGAGAUUGGAAAUUCCAAGAAUCCCCUGGGAACCUAUAUUGACUGUUUAACACACAAAAAUCCAAAUCUACAGUUCUACGAGAUAGGAAUCCGACUUGGCAGCAUUUGUACAUUCAUAUCGGACCGCGAAGCUGAUUCCGUCACCUCAGAGUGCUACGGAGGGUAUACCAUCGUCGACGUUGACGAACCACUCCUGGAAUACAUGCAAAAACAGCUACCAGAACAUAUGAACUUCAAGGCUGUCGAUGGGAGCAAAAGUCCAAGUGCUCAAGGUUUCAAUCCACAAACUUUCGAUAUAAUUACACUCAAUGCAACAACACAUGAUCAAAGUUACAGUGCCGACUUCAUCGAGAGUAUUACGACACUCCUCAAGCCAAACGGAAAAUUAAUCGUGCGAGAGGCACCCAACACAAGCCUUCUCUGGGGCUUUAUGCUUGGUCUCUCGUCUAGAUCCUUUCUUGGGGAACAUCAUGCCCCAAGUUUCGCCGACUCUUUAUUGUCCCAUUUUUCUCUUUGUCAAACCCAGCCAUCCGAUAUUACACCUCAUUGGAAUGUUACUGUGUACUACAAGGACAUUAUCGAUACCCGCGAAAUGGUACCCAAUGGUCUUAUUAUAGUGACUCAUCAGGAUUCGGUUCUUCAACGCGCCAUUGGUACUGCGUUGUAUGAGACUAUUGGAACCUCAAAUACGUCACGUAUGUUAUCUCUGUCAGACGCUGCUGAACUGCCCGACAAGAACUUUCAUGAUUUCAUAAUCACCAUGGAAAUGGAACAGCCUCUACUUUCCAGUAUUGACAGACAGCAAUUCGCUGCAAUCAAAGAGAUACUUCAUCAUGCCAAGAGUGUUAUGUGGGUGAAAAGGGCUGGCGAAAUACCUGAUUACUCUUUGAGCGAGGGACUUCUUCGUGUCUGUCAUGAAGAGAACGAGCGAAUUUCAUUUGUAUCACUGGGGAUAGAGCUCAAAGACAAAUCUGCUUCCGGUAUCGCACUCCGCAUUCACACAGUUUACAAUGAGACGCAACAACGUCUGGCGAUAUUCAAGGAUGAAUACGAGUCGGAAUAUCGCGAACGAAACGGGUGCCUCUUGAUACCCCGAAUUGUUGAAGCUAGAGAAUAUGACAAGCACAUAUUUUCAAGUAUCGAAAAGCCGUUGGCGGUUCAGAGAAUUGGCGACAAGAACUUGAGGCUCACCUGUAGAACUGCUGGUGCUCUGGACGCUUUAGAAUUUGUCAGCGAUGAAUUGGAAAAAAGUGUUUUACUGGAAGAUCAAGUGGAGAUUGAAGUUCGAGCUAUAGGAGUCAACUUCAAGGACUUGAUGGGACUUCUGGGCAGGGUAUCUGCAAAGAAUCCUGGAUCAGAAUUUGCUGGAGUUAUCACUGCAGUAGGGGAUUCGACGCGCGGCUUCCGACCUGGCAAUAGAAUUGUUGCUGCUUACGUCGAUGCCUAUAAAACUCGUGCUCGCGUACCCUGGCAGACCGUAUACCACAUUCCAGACGACAUGCCUUUCGAAGCUGCAGCAUCAAUACCUACAACCUUUCGCACAGCCUACUUCUGUCUGCAGGAUCUCGCCCAUUUAAAGUCCAGAGAGAGUAUUCUCAUACAUCGCGCCUCUGGAGGUACAGGCCAGGCUGCUAUACAACUAGCGCAGAUGAUUGGGGCCACAAUCUAUGUGACAGUGGGUUCUGAAGCGAAAAAGAAACUCAUCAUGGAACGCUACGGCAUUGCGGAACGACAUAUCCUUCAAAGCCGUAAUAAGUCAUUCUACAACGCUAUUAAGGACCUGACUGAAGGGCGUGGAGUAGACGUUGUUCUCAACUCACUCAGUGGUGAACUUCUUGAGGCAUCCUGGGAUUGCGUUGCACCAUUCGGUCGAUUCAUUGAGAUUGGACUUGGAGAUGCUUAUACACGACAGCAACUACCUAUGUUCAAUUUUUCGAAAGGGAUAUCCUAUAUCUCGUUCAAUCUUACGAAUUUCAUGACUCCAGAGUUCUUUCCAAUGCAUACUCCGUUGAUGAAGUCGGUGUGGGAUCUCGUACUUGAGAGAAAGAUUCGCCCUCCCUACCCAUUACAAGUAUAUUCUAUAGCACAUAUGGAGGAGGCAUUCAGAUUUCUGAAUAGUGGAGAAAGCUCGGGCAAAAUCGUGAUCAGAAUGGAUAGGACAGCCGCUGUUCCCACUAUCACAUCAUACACCCCAGCAUUCAGAUUCGACCCGGAUUCAACAUAUGUGGUCACCGGGGGACUUGGUGGUAUUGGUCUCAAGAUUGCGCAAUGGCUUUCCGGACGCGGCGCCAUGAGUCUUAUUCUUAUAAGCCGUUCGGGCCUUUCUCCAAGCAGCAAGGCCUGGGGUGUUAUCUCUGCGCUUAGAUCUAAUGGAACUCGUGUCGAUUGUCCGGCAAUGGAUAUAACUGACAAAUCUGCCAUGGAGAGAUACUUCAAAAACCGGCACAACACUAUGCCGCCAAUCAAAGGGUGCAUCCAAUCGGCCAUGGUGCUUCGCGAUGCUACACUGGCGAACAUGACAGUUGAAGAUUGGCAUCAAGCCCUUGCACCUAAGGUCAAAGGAACCUGGAAUCUUCAUGAGCUUCUACCACCUAUGGACUUCUUCAUCUUGCUAUCGUCGUUUGUUGGUGUUGGUGGCAAUCGUGGCCAAGCCAACUACGCUGCAGGCAAUACGUUCGAAGAUGAAUUUGCGCGAUGGCGCACCACUGAACAUCACACAAAGACUGUCUCUCUUGACCUAGGCUUCGUUGUCGAUGCAGGAGUCACGGCUGAAAACGAUGCACUAGUACGUCAGUUCUUACGCCGUCAAGUCGACCGCCCGAACUACCUGGAAGAAAUAUUUUCACUGUUCGAUCAUAUCUGCGAUCCGAAUACUCUGAUCACUACCGAAAAGCAGAGCCAGAUUAUUACCGGAAUGCAGUUGCCUUCUGCCGCUAUCCUAGAGAUUGGAGAGGUUCCAGCUGAAUACAUGAUACCAAUGUUCCGCAUCUCCCACAAGAUACAAACAGCCUCAACUGCAUUUCCAACCGGCGCACAGCGCCAAUCUCUGAGAGUUCUUCUCACUUCAGCAACUUCAUCAGAAGAAGUAGGCACGGUCUUAUCUUCAGCGUUACAAGCCAAGCUCGCCCAUAUUCUCGGAUUACGUACUGAGGAUGUAGACGUAAACAGACCUCUUAAUCAAUAUGGUAUGGAUAGUCUGGUGGCAAUAGAGUUCCAGAGCUGGAUUCGUCGAGAGGUUGAUGCUGAGAUUGCGAUCUUCGAGGUUUUGGGUGAGUCGACAGUAGACAGUUUGAGUAGAGUUCUCAUGACGAACAGUAGAUUUGCUCCUAAAUCUACCUCAUGACAUGUUACUACUGAGAGUCGAGGGAUACCAACUUUCCUAUAAUUGAAAAUUUUGCCUAAUAGGAGUAUAUGUUCUGUGCGAGUUGUAACAAGACAGCCUUUUAGGAUCCUUAUAAGAGGAUCAUCGCGGCGGCAAAGCCUAAUGUAGUGUACUUGAAUGAAUUCGUUGUGAG